CUUUCACUUCCUUUGUUUCAAAUAAUGACAACCUUUGUUUUAUGUUUGAUUGAACUGUAGAGAUAAGCCGACAUAGGUUUUGUAAAUGUUUAAAUACACAAUUAGUAUAUAUUUCCUUAAUUCUUCUAUCGGUCAAUAAUAAUGGAAAUUCUGUCUGGAGAAAUCAUUGUUUAAAUUUGAAAGUUUUAAAUAUUCAGUAUAGGGAAGUGCGAACUUUUUACAAUUUUCUACCAAAGUUUUCAUAUUAACCGAGGAAGUGAUAUUAACAAAUAACCAUGUCGCAGGCGACAUUCCGGCACGUGAACACAUUAUCUUUGAAAUACGAACUUCUGCGAGAGAUAAAACACUGGAAACAAUCGAGCAACAAAUAUAUCAAUGACAUCACGAAUAAUAUCAAAUCCUUGCGCGCGUCACGUGCUGAGGUAAAGCGGGAAAUCCACGAAGCUCGUGCACGGCUCGAGGAGCGACUGAGAGAACUAGAAGAAUGCUCGGAAAAACAGAUGUCUGACAUUGUAGCCGCUGAAGAAGAAACAUUAAAGAAUUUUGUUAAAAAGCUUUUGGACCGUCAGAAACGGAUGGAAAUGACAGAAUCGGUAUUAAAAGAAAACAUCAUAGGCUUUAAGCUAAAAAGGACACUAGAAGAAGGGAAAAAGCAAGCGCUGGCAAUCAGAGAAGCCAUGUUAGAAGUCAACAAAUACAACAUGGCGGCCGCUGUUGACUUCAAGCUGAAGGAGCCGUUAUAUUCCAUAACGGAGCGACUUGAUUCGCUAGGUACAGUGGCCCUGCUCUCUUCACCGGGAAACAAGAUGCGGGGGAAGCAGCUUCAAAGAGCUGGUGCUCCAGAACCUAAAAUACCAGCCGGAGAAGCUGACGUUUCAUUGGAUACAUUUCUUACCUCAAAUGAAGAGAGCAGAUCCGCUUCUAUCGAGGAAACUAUGAUAAAUGAUUUAGAAUUCGUUCUAGAAAUGGGUACAAAAUAUGGCCACUCAUUGCAACCAUUUCUAGACAGCAUCAAAGACAUUUCGUUCAAUUACAAUAAUAAUCAAAUAUCAAAGAAAGAAAUGAAGCAUUCACAAAUGAUAAAAAGACGUCCAAAGUUGAUAGACUGCGAACAAAAGCCAAAGUCUGCACUACGUGCACAAAGUGCUAAGAACGAAGAUAAUAGCAGUCAAAGAAUACAUACACGAUUGUCAAAGUCGGCGAGAGAAGAUGGACGAAGCGCAGGGGGUGAGAAUCUUUGCCUGAAUGACGUCGAAAUGUCCUAUGUUCCAUUUGAAGAGCAAGGACCAGAGUCAAAAGAAGUGAAGAGGAAAAAGACAAGGGCAAUGUCUGUCAGAUAUCAUGACUUUGAUUUUGUAAAGGAAAUAACGGCGAUAAAAGAUGACGUUGAAACAGAAACGGAAAAAGUCAUGAAGGUAACAAAUACUGUUAUCUCAUCAGACGGUGUAAUUAAAGAUAUUGUUAGAAUGCACAGUCCUGGAUCACAGAGUACGGUCAGUACAACAUUGAGCAGCGUGAGCUACAAACCGUCCAGUUCUCUUGCAAGCGGUCCCGUGUACAUACCAUCUUCUCAGCUGCGGAAGUCGAACUCCUUUUUCAACUAUGUUGCAAGGUUCCACACAAAGAAACAUCCGUACGAGACCGACCUUUGCCGCUUAACAAGUAUUGUCGCUCUUGACAAUGGUCAAAUUGUGGUCUCCGACAUUAAUCAUUUACAGAUAAUGCUGUUUGGUUCAGAUUUUAGUUACCUUGACUCACUCGAGUGUCCUUCACCUUGCGGACUAGGACAGGUUUCAGAGAACACAGUCGCUGUGACCUUGUUUCACAACAGAAAGGUCAUGCAGGUCAAAGUUCAUACAAUUCAUCUGGUGAGGUAUAAAGAAUUCAACAUACCGUGUCAAGAAUCGCUUUUCGCCGUGUCACACCGACAUGAACGCUGUUUCGUUUUAUGUUUCGCCGGCGACAUUCACAUUCUAGACGACGACGGCCGACAGCUCGCAAUCUUGGAGACAGGAAUAAACGCCGGCGAGGCCCGUCAUAUGGAUAUUGACAGAGAAGCGAAAAUGAUCUUUGUGAGUGGACAUGACCGGGUUAGCUGUUUCACCGAUACAGGAGAAAAACUCUGGCAGUUUACAAACAGUACGUAUCACAAGAGAUUUACUCCCAGCGGCAUCGUUCUGCACAACAACCGACUGUUUGUGGCCGACUGGUCCAGUAGCAAAGUCCUCGAGCUCACGGUAGAUGGAUCGCACGUGCGUGACGUUGUCAUUGACAACAUUGAACACCCACACGCUCUGGCAGUCCAGAAGUCUUAUGGUAGGCUAUUUAUCACACAAAGCAACUUCUUUAAACAAGAAGCAAGGAGCAGGGGUGUCAAAGUAUUUGAAAUCAAGUAAAUGGAGGUCUAUCUAUAGAUUUCCAGUGACGGGCCCUUCAGUUAAUGUAUCUAACAAGUGGCCUUGGUUUUUUUAAACAGACGAAAUUACGGACAUUUAUAUUUUCAACAGGUUAAAAUAAAAUUUAAAUGACUUGUGUUUAUAUAACAUGUUCCGAUCAGAAGUGUGUGUUAUUAUCAAGACCGUCUGUGAAUACUGACUACCUUACGGACCACACUACAUCAUUUUAACAUUUUCUGUGUAUUUAAACUGCAUAUACAGACCAGUUUAGGCCCAAGUGGUCUUCAUUUACAUGGCUUUUGUGCAAAUUACACAUGGUCUUUAUGUGAAAUUAUACAUGUCUUUUUAUGUAUUCCACAUGGUGUUUUAUGUGAAUUAUGCAUGGUCUAUGUGAAUUAUACAUGGUAUUUUUUGUGCAUUCCACAUGGUUUUUAUGUGAAUUAUGCAUGGUCUAUGUGAAUUAUACAUGGUAUUUUUGUGAAUUCCACAUGGUUUUUAUGUGAAUUAUGCAUGGUCUAUGUGAAUUAUACAUGGUAUUUUUGUGAAUUCCACAUGGUUUUUAUGUGAAUUAUGCAUGGUCUAUGUGAAUUAUUUAUGGUAUUUUUGUGAAUUUCACAUGAUUUUUAAGUGAAUUAUGCAUUGUCUAUGUGAAUUAUACAUGGUAUUUUUGUGAAUUCCACAUGGUUUUUAUGUGAAAUGUGCAUGGUCUAUGUGAAUUAUACAUUAUUUUUAUAUGUAUUCCACAUGGUAUUUUAUGUGAAUUAUGCAUGGUCUAUGUGAAUUAUAUUUGGUAUUUCUGUGAAUUCCACAUGGUUUUUAUGUGAAUUAUGCAUGGUAUAUGUGAAUUAUACAUGGUAUUUUUGUGAAUUCCACAUGGUUUUAGUGAAUUAUGCAUGGUCUUUGUGAAUUGUACAUGGUCUUUGUGAAUUAUACAUGGUAUUUUUGUGAAUUCCACAUGGUUUUUAUGCCAAUUAUGCAUGAUCUAUAUGAAUUAUACAUGGUAUUUUUGUGAAUUCCACAAUCAUAAGUCAUGGUUUUUUAUGUAAAUUAUGCUUGGUCUAUGUGAAUUAUACAUUGUCUUCAUGUGAACCACACAUGGUUUUUAUGUGAAUUGUACAUUAAAAUAGUGGGCUUAAAAGCCAGUUUAGAUGCAAAAUUGUGAACAAGAGGGCCAUGAUGGCCCUAUAUCGCUCACCUGAGUACCAUUGCUCAAAAUGAUAUGAUCGUUUCAAACCAAUCUCAUUAGAAGCUGCUAAGGUGUAUUCAUUUAGAUAAAAAAUAAAGGGAGGUUAUUUGUCAAUAUGUAUCUUCACUGAUUCUCCAAGUCCAUCUGUUGAAAUUUCAGAUCAGUAUCUUCAUUAGUUACGGAGAAAUACCCAUUUUAAUUUGAAAUAAAGGGAGGUAAUCUGACAUAAAAUCAGUCCAUAGUUAUCUACCCUGAUUGUCUCAGUCCAACUGACAAUAAUGAAAUUCCAAAUAAGUCCUAUAAGGUAAUUUGUCAAUAUGUAUCUUCACUGAUUCUCCAAGUCCAUCUGUUGACAUUUCAGAUCAGUAUCUUCAUUAGUUUCGGAGAAAUACCCAUUUUAAUUUGAAAUAAAG